AUGCAGAGAGUCCUGGAGACGCUGGGGAAGAUGGGCAGUGAAAUGGUGGAGCUGAAACAUCGGGUAUCCGAGCAAAACGACAUGAUCAGGAAGUUGAACGCCACUGUCUACAAGCAAAGCACCAUCAUCCAAGGACAGGAAGAUCUCAUCCGAGGCCUGGAGGUCCAAGUCCAGGAAUCCAAGGAAGAGUUUCAACGCAAGAGCGAUGAGCACGACGCGGAAUUAAAACGGGGACAUCGGGAUCUUCAGAGAGAGGUUGCCGCUGUGAAAGAGCAAUUGGCCCAGCUCACGCAGAACCUGAAUGCUUCGGGGGAGGUGACUCUGUCGAGCGGCACUCGAGCAACGUUUGCCGACAUUGCGCGUACACUGCCAGCGAGCCCGCCGACCAGUCUAUCCAGCGUAGCUGUCCCAAGAAAGCAGCAGACAGCCAGCGAUCCUCUCCACUGUACCAUCGACACAUCUCGCGUCAGCGAGUCGAAGAAGAACAACGCGCAAAUCGGAUCAAUUCGCCAGGCCAUCGAGACUGAGAUGAGAGCGAUGAACGGACAAGAGACCUGGAGAGACGAAGCCGAGCUUCAGAUGGUCAAAGAUGCUGCGCAGAAGACAGCCGUGGAAGGUUCGCGAGUUAUGCGAGACCAGCUGUAUCCGGUCCGAGUCGACAACGCCAACCGCACAGCAAUCCUGACGCGGAAGAUUUCCUGGUUGAGCAAACGAGAGUCUGGCAAAGCGUACGGAUCCAUGGUGGUGUAUGUCACCAAGAAACGCGACGCAGAAAGGCUUCUGGAAGGGUACUACUUUGACCUAGCGGGAGAGUCAGCCACCACCUAUGUAUUCGAGCCAAGAACGGGACCAAUCCAAUGCUUCAACUGCCAGGAGAUCGGUCACAAAGCAUAUUCAUGCAAGAAACAGCGGACAUGCGGCAAGUGCGCAAACGUUGGGCAUCACCACCGGGAAUGCACCGCGAUUGAACCAAAAUGUGUCCCGUUGAUGCUUGAGUCCCUCCGCAUCCUACAGCUGAAUGCACACAAGAGUGAUGUGGUGCAGCAGAGUCUGAUGAACGACGAAGACCUAAAGGAUUUUGCCGCACUGGCUAUAUCUGAGCCACAUGCGCGCAAUAUCGACGGAAAGGUGGUGACGAGUCCUACGGGACACCAUAACUGGACAAAGAUGAUACCGACGUGUGUUCGUGAUGGCCUAUGGCCGAUUCGCAGCAUGCUCUGGAUCCGAAGUGACCUUGAGGCGGAGCAAGUGCCUGUGCCGUCAGCCGAUCUCACAGCAGCGGUACUCCGACUUGAGGGAAGGGAGGUGAUGGUGGUGUCAGUGUAUGUGCAAGGAAAGAACGACGAGGCGCUGACAAACGCGAUGGAACUAUUGCGCGACGUGAUCGAUCGCUUCCGCAAUGGGACAGGGAGACGUACCGAUGUGGUUUUGGCGGGGGACUUCAACCGCCACGACCUCCUCUGGGGCGGAGAUGAAGUGUCAGCGAGCAGACAAGGGGAGGGCCAGCCCAUCAUUGACCUGAUGGACGACUUUGGUCUUAGCAGCCUUCUCCCGAGAGGGACGAAAACGUGGCAAAGGUCGGACGAGGAGAGCACCAUCGACUUGGUGCUGGCAUCGGCGGAACUGGCGGACGAGUUGACAUCCUGCGGCGAGCAAGCCGAGGAACUCCUGAGCACCUUCUUUCCGCCUCUGCCAACGAGGAUCGAGCCGGAGGGUGAACGUCCGCAGAGAGAAGAAAUAGCCAUGCCAGACCUCACCUUGCAAGAGAUUGAGGAGAAGGUGAUGGCGGCGAAGCCCUGGGAAAGCGCCUGCUCAUCGCUCCGAGAGGGCGUCGUGCCUCAUCAAUGGCGAACGGCCAAGAUCAUCCCUCUGAGGAAACCAGAUAAAGGAGACUACACCCUGGCCAAGGCGUGGCGACCGAUUUCUCUCCUGUCGACGCUUGGCAAGAUUCUGGAGGCAGUCGUCGCGGAACGUAUCAGCUAUGCAGUCGAGGCUCAAGGGCUUUUGCCCGCGAACCACUUUGGUGCACGGAAGCGCAGGUCCGCAGAUCAAGCACUCGUGCUUCUGCAGGAGCGAAUCUACAAGGCCUGGAGAACGGGCAGAGUGCUCAGCCUCAUCAGCUUUGACGUCAAAGGCGCAUACAACGGAGUGUGCAAAGAGCGAAUGCUCGAAAGGAUGAAAGCUCGAGGCAUCCCGAACCUGGUGCAAAGACGGAUCAGUAAUAACGGUGGCUCCAUCGCCUUCGUGGACGAUUACUCUGCCUGGGUCACGGGGCCAACGGCAGAGUCAAACAGAGAUGAGAAGACAUCCUUCAUCCACUUCACACGCAUCGCGGAGCGUGACAGCGACCUGCCUCUCAUCAUCAAAGGAAACGAUGAACACAUCGCCAGAGCGGCCGCCAAGGGGCUGGCCGCGGCCAUGUGUUUGAAACGACUGAAGAUGGCUUCGCCACGGAUGGCGAGGCAACUGGCCCAGCGAAUCGGAGCCCAGGCUGUCAUAGGAGGCUUCCGCACGGUGGCAACGGCAGUGGCUGAUGCCGAGGCCGGCGUGCAAUCGUUCCGAGAACGGCAUGCUCAAGCGGCAGCGAAAUUCUGGAUAAGGAUGCGGACGCUCCCGAAGACGCAUCCUCUGACAUCGUUGAGGCUCAAACUGAACAGGAGGUAUGCGUCGCCAAUGCAGAAGCUCGCCUCGGCGAUGGGAAGAAUAGAUACCAAGCGCCUGGAAGUCAUCCACGAGUUCGCACUGGCGCCGUGGGACGAACGAGUGCAGGCAACGUACGAGGCAGACCGAGUGGAGGUGCUGAAGUCGGAUGACCCGGAGGACAUCACUAUUGCGACGUCCAGCUCGCAAAGGAAAGGCAAGGUCGGGUUGGGAGGCGUCGUUCGGGAUGCUUCCCGCGACAGCGCAGACGAAGUGCUGGCCAGCUACUCCGUCACUCUCGGCUCCAGUGAUGAGCAGAAUGCCUACACAGCAGGACUCGAGGCAAUCGCGACGGCUCUGAGUCAUCGGGCGGCCACGGCAACAGUCUGGUCAGUGCACGAUACGGGCGAUAUACGGAUCUGUUGA